GGUUGCCAUAGAGACCGGCGAGCGCUGAGCGUGUGGGACGAGCGGAGGUGACUGGGGGCUCCUAGGGACCAGCGCGCCAUGUCUUUCCGCGACCUUCGCAAUUUCACAGAGAUGAUGAGAGCCCUGGGGUACCCUCGACAUAUUUCUAUGGAAAAUUUCCGCGCACCCAAUUUUGGACUUGUAUCUGAAGUGCUUCUCUGGCUUGUGAAAAGGUAUGAACCUCAUACUGACAUCCCUUCUGAUGUUGAGACUGAACAGGACCGAGUUUUCUUCAUUAAGGCAAUUGCCCAGUUUAUGGCCACAAAGGCACAUAUCAAACUCAAUACUAAGAAGCUUUAUCAGGCAGAUGGAUAUGCAGUGAAAGAACUGUUGAAGAUCACGUCUGUCCUGUAUAAUGCUAUGAAGACCAAAGGGAUGGAGGACUCUAAAAUAGGAGAAGAAGAUAUCAGCAAGUUCAAGUUUGAUCUUGGCUCAAAGAUUGCGGAUUUGAAAGCAGCCAGGCAGCUUGCUUCUGAAAUCACCUCCAAAGGAGCAUCUCUGUAUGACUUGCUGGGCAAAGAGGUAGAAUUAAGGGAACUGAGAACAGAAGCCAUUGCCAGACCUCUGGAAAUAAACGAGACUGAAAAAGUGAUGAGAAUUGCAAUAAAAGAGAUUUUGGUGCAGGUUCAGAAGACUAAAGACCUGCUCAAUAAUGUGGCCUCUGAUGAAGCUAAUUUAGAAGCCAAAAUUGAAAAGAGAAAACUAGAACUGGAAAGAAAUCGGAAGCGACUACAGACUCUACAGAGUGUCAGGCCAGCCUUUAUGGAUGAGUAUGAGAAGAUUGAGGAAGAGUUGCAAAAGCAGUAUGACAUUUACCUAGAGAAAUUUCGAAAUUUGACUUACCUGGAACAGCAACUCGAAGAUCAUCGUAGGAUGGAGCAGGAGAGGUUUGAGGAAGCUGAAAAUACUCUCCGUCUGAUGCAGAACAAGCUAAAGGAAGAAGAAAAGCGACUGCUCAAGAGUGGAA